CGUGCUUUCACUCAGGAUUCUGCCUAUAAAACCAACGACAAAGACCCAAAAACUCCACAUCUGGAUCCUAAACAUCAAAAUCCAAAUAUGAGACAAGUCAUCGUUUUGCUGGUCGUUCUGUGCGUCUGUGACGGCGUGAAGUUUGGUCAGCUCUGUCAAGGAAACCCCAGCAACAGGAGGAGGACAUCCGACAGAUAUGGCCAAGGACACUACGGAGCCAGUCGGGGAGGCAGACUUCACAAAGGUGUGGACAUCGAGUGCAGCGACGGAUCCGUCGUCUACGCUCCGUUUGACGUCACCCUACACGGAAAACUCACAGUCUACACUGACCGUUCCAAGGCAGCCAUCAAUGAGGGCAUCAACCUCAGAGGAGAGGGUCACUGCUUCAAGCUGUUCUACGUGAGGCCGGACAAAACCACCGGAUCGGUGAGGAAGGGGGAGCGUAUCGGAACCAUGCUGCCCAUGCAGAGUGUUUACCCUGGAAUUACGUCACAUGUCCACGUCCAGAUGUGUGACAAAAGUGACCCCACUGCUAUGAUUUUUUAGUGGGACCAGAGCCAUGUCCUGUCACACCAGUCCAACCAGUCCAUAGGAUUCAGGAUUCAUAACUGAGUUACGGUAUAAAGGAUUAUUCUGAAUGGUUCCUUUUAUUUAGAACAUCUCAGGUUUUUAAUUUGACUUUCACCAGGUUUUGGAAACCUGUUUUAUGUAAUAAAAUAUUACAGAUAAUACCCAGAAAUAAAACUUUAAAAACUCAAAAAGUUUUUGAGUGUUUGCUGU